AUGAUGGGGAGACGUGGGGGCGUGGACCCCCUUCACCAGGCUGCGGGCUCCACGGCUUCUGACGACCGCUGGCGGAGACCACAGGAGACCACAGGAGGAGACCACAGGAGGAGACCACAGGAGACCACAGGAGGAGACCACAGGCGGAGACCACAGGCGGAGGCCACAGGAGACCACAGGCGGAGGCCACAGGAGGAGGCCACAGGAGGAGACCACAGGAGACCACAUGAGACCACAAGAGGAGACCACAGGAGACCACAGGCGGAGAACACAGUAGGAGACCACAGGCAGAGACCACAGGAGAAGAACACAGGCGGAGACCACAGGAGACCACAGGAGAAGAACACAGGCGGAGACCACAGGAGACCACAGGAGACCACAGGCGGAGACCACAGGAGACCACAGGCGAAGACCACAGGAGACCCCAGGAGACCACAGGAGGAGACCACAAGCAGAGACCACAGGAGGAGACCACAAAAGACCACAGGAGAUCACAGGAGACCACAGGCGGAGACCACAGGAGGAGACCACAAGCAGAGACCACAGGCGGAGACCACAAAAGACCACAGGCGGAGACCACAGGAGAUCACAGGAGACCACAGGCGGACACCACAGGAGAAGACCACAGGAGGAGACCACAGGAGACCACAGGAGGAGACCACAGGCGAAGACCACAGGCGAAGACCACAGGAGAAGACCACAGGAGGAGACCACAGGAGACCACAGGCGGAGACCACAGGAGGAGACCAUAGGAGGAGACCACAGGAGGAGACCACAGGAGAUCACAGGCGGAGACCACAGACAGAGACCACAGACAGAGACCACAGACAGAGACCACAGGAGACCACUGGAAUAGACCACAGGAGACCACAGGAGACCACAGGAGGAGACCACAGACAGAGACCACAGGAGGAGACCACAGACAGAGACCACAGGCAGAGACCACAGGAGGAGACCACAGGAGACCACAGGAGGAGACCACAGGCAGAGACCACAGGAGGAGACCACAGGAGACCACAGGAGGAGACCACAGGUGGAGACCACAGGCAGAGACCACAGGAAGAGACCACAGGAGACCACAGGAGACCACAGACAGAGACCACAGGAGGAGACCACAGGAGGAGACCACAGGAGACCACAGGAGACCACAAGCAGACCACAGGAGACCACAAGCAGAGACCACAGACAAAGACCACAGACAGAGACCACAGGCAGAGACCACAGGCAGAGACCACAGGAGACCACAAGCAGACCACAGGAGACCACAAGCAGAGACCACAGGAGGAGACCACAGAGACCACAGACAAAGACCACAGACAAAGACCACAGACAGAGACCACAGGAGGAGACCACAAUCAGAGACCAUUGGUGGCCAUAGUGCAAACAAAGAAUAAAUCCCCUUGA